AUGGAGAAACACGGAUGGUGCGAUGGCUUUUUUGCCAACGCACCAAAUGAUCAUCGCGGAAAAUCAUCAAAUGGCCUUUUCCUCCUACGAUUGCGAACUUUCGAUUCAAUAAAAAUCGUUCAGACGGGAAUAAAAUGCAAAUUACUCGAUCGAGCCGAGUGCAGAAUAAGAUCCCGGAAUAUUGAUCAGACAGAUUUCAUGUCGCCAAAAAUAAUGCUUAAGUGUGGGAGAGCCAUGCUUCAGCACGAAUGGGACGGCUCGCCCGGAGUGAUACCACAGCGUCCACCAUCCAUACCAUCUCUCAUCUACUACAUAUGUUCGACACAUUCUACACCGCUCGCUCACUGA